AGAAAGGUAACAAUUUUAGUAAAAGAGAAGGAGCAUUCAUCAGCAAGUGAAUUUUUUUAAAGACAUCAUGACUGACGCAGCACCCCCACCCUAUCCAGGAAACCCUACUAAAGGACCAGAGCCUGGAUACCCACCACCUGGUCAACAGCCACCAAUGCAAGGAUACGGUCAGCCCUAUGGACAGCCCGGGCAGCCUGGAGGUUACCCACAGCAGCCUUAUGGACAGCCAGCCUAUGGACAGUACCCAGGAUAUGGACAGCCACAGGGGUAUGGACAGACCACGGUGGUGGUGGCCCAGCCUGCCUUGACCAUGGUCCAGCAGUUCCGUGAGACCCCGGUCCACACCAGGUGUCCCCACUGUCAGGCCGAGGUCGUCACGGCAACCUCCUACGAAACGGGAACAUUUGCUUGGAUCAUUUGCCUGGUUUUGUGCCUGGUUGGAUGUGAUCUAGGAUGUUGCCUCAUCCCUUUCUGUGUUGAUGGCUGCAAAGACGUCACCCACAGCUGUCCAAAUUGUCGCCAGGUCAUUGGCCGAUACAACAGGAUGUAACUGGUGUCAUGGUAAUGGAAGGAAGAUAAAAAUGGAUGAAGACAAAAGACAAGACACAAAUUUGAUUAAAGCACAAACUUUAUCAAACCAAGUUUGUUAAACAAUCUUUUAUUGUUAUUUAGUGAUAUUGUUGUCUAAAUGUUUCUUUUUUCAUAUAUUCAUGCUUUUCAAAUUUGCAUAUGUAUAUUGCUGUGGUUGUUUUAAAUUUCAUCAACAAAGUAGAUUUUAGUAUAUGUAUUAUGCUUUUUUAUUUAAAUUUAUGUGAUAAGAAUUUUAAUUUUAAUGUGAUGAAAAAGUUUUACCCAUGUACUCAGCUGGAAAUUUUUCCUUCUCGAUAUUAGGCUUUUUGGAUCUGUAUGAACACCAAACAAUUUCUUUGAAUGUUUAUUUGAUAUUUUGUUGCAAAUUCAUCACUAUCUAUUUGGAUUUCAUGACUUGAUUAGUUUUAUGUUGUUAAUGAUAUUAUUUCAUCUUUCACUUAUUUUAUUGUAUUGUUUAAAAAAAAUGAAUUGUAAAAAAAUAACUACCUGUAACAAGUACAUGUAAUCAGUAAAUUUACUGUAAUCUGCUCAUUAUGUAAUGUAUUGUAAUAGAUGUAAUAUAUUUGAAAUCCACUCAUUUCUUCAAAUAGAUUUUAUUAAAUAUUUGAAAUACAUUGUACUCUCAUUUUCUUCAACUCGAUCUAUAUUUCCUGAUUUCUUUUUAAGAUUAAAUAGCUAAAUUUUCACAUUAAGGUUAAGAAUAUUGACUGAUGAAACAUUUAACAUUGUUAAUAUGUUUUUUCUUAUGUUAUUCAGAUAUCCAUAUGCAUGUAAUAAUAUGCAAAUGAAUGUUUAAAAUAAUAAGGAACAUUUUUUUACAAUGUAUGUAACUCCUAAUUAUGAUAAUUGGUAGUAAAUGAUUGCAAAUUUCAGGUAAAUCUAUUCGUUUAUUUUUUUUUUUUUUAAAGAAUUGUGAAAACUUUUUAUUUUACUGCAGAAGGAUUUGAAACUCUGUUAUCUUAUUUUGCUUCUUACCACAUUAACGGCAUACAUGAAUAUUGUAAUUCCAUUAUACUCUAAUAACUAUUUCUUCUAGACACUGAUAAAGUUUGAUUCCAUCACUCGUUUACUGUUCCACUUUCAGUUUUACUCUUGCCUCUUGGUGUUGGAAAUAUACAUUAUAUUCUCAUAGAGUUUUUAUCUUAACAUGAAUUUUAAUAUUUGAAAGUGUUAUUAAAAAAUCAACCAUUUUA